AUCAACCUCUUCAUCAGCUAGCAUUUGAGAAGACUAGGGUUUUAAACGCCGCCGUGUUCCGCCGGAUCGCCACCGGUGAAUUCAAGAUGCCGUCGCACAAGUCGUUCAUGAUCAAGAAGAAGCUGGGCAAGAAGAUGAGACAGAACAGACCAAUCCCUAAUUGGAUCCGCCUCCGUACCGACAAUAGGAUCAGGUACAAUGCUAAGCGUAGGCACUGGCGCCGUACCAAGCUUGGGUUCUAGAGCACUCGCGAGUUCACUGCCAUGACUCAGAUUCGUCCGAAUUUUCUAAUAUCUUUCUUGUGUCGGAAUUGGGGGGGUCUUUGACCCUUAAAAUUUUAUUUUUUGUUAAGGAUUUUGUGGCUUUGCAAUGUUAAAUUUUAGAGCUGCAUAAUGCAUAAAUCUGAUGAUGAAAUAUGAUAGUUGAAUCCUUUCUCUUACAAUAUGAAUAUAACUCUUUUUGAGGA